UGGGGCAGCAGACACACUAGACAAUCAACUUUCAGUUACUGACCAGUGGGCCCGGGCGCACCCAACGAUGGAGAUUACUGCAAUUAUUUGGAGCGAGCAUCUGCUGAUCUGCCUGCGCCAUUCGCUUUGCUUCCCCGUCUGCUAAUUUUCCCGGCAUCACACACAAAGCACUUUAAUUUUGCUUCCUUUUCUAAUCUCACUAGCCGCCACCCCCGCUAACAUUAUUCCCCUCCCGGCUUGCUCCCCAGCUCGUCCACCACCUCGAGGCUGCGCCGCCCCCCGCCGGUACAGCAAGGGAUGGCGAUGGUCACGGCCGAUGCCGCGGCCGCCACCGCGGCCAUGGAGAAGCCGCCGGACGCCGAGAAGCCCGACUACGCCCCCUACAACGGCAACUCCACCGCGGAUGGCGGCGGGGGCGCGCGCACCCGCGGCGGGGGCGGGGGCGGGGGCGGGGGCGGGGGCGGGGGCGUGGUAGAUUUGGUGGUGGCGCGGUGGCGGCGGGAGGACAUGCUCGACAAGAGCCCCCUCGCGCUGCACGCCGCCGCGGCCGCCUUCGCCUUCGUCGCGCUUGUGCUCGUCGCGUCCAACCAGCACGGUGACUGGAUGCAGUUCGACCGCUACCAGGAGUACAAGUACUUGCUCGCAAUCGCGGCGCUGGCGUUCCUCUACUCGCUGGCGCAGGCGGCGCGGCACGCGCUCCGGAUGCGCGGCGGCGUCGACCCCGUCGCCACGCCGUCAGGGAGGCUUCUCGAUUUCGUCGGUGAUCAGGCAGUUGCAUAUUUGCUGAUGUCCGCGCUUUCGGCUGCGGUCCCCAUCACGAACCGCAUGAGAUCUGCAGUGGUCAACAACUUCACAGAUGCAACCGCAGCAGCCAUCAGCAUGGCCUUCUUUGCAUUUGUAGCUCUUGCCUUGUCAGCCGUGGUUUCUGGAUACAAGCUCUCCAAACAAACGUACAUGUGAAUCAUCGUUGUAGAAGAGUGAAACACAUUACACGGUCUAUUCAUUAUGGAUUGCUCAUCCGAAGAAGAGAAACAUGCUUCUAUAGUUCUCUUCAACUUGAAGGUCAUGUAUUGUGUGUGCUGAGGUGGUUGUUGUUACUUGCAGUAGCUUCCAUGUGUGUACAUAGAAUUAUACGCAGCAUGCCUGAAUACGAUCGUUUUCCUUUCCAAGACAUUGCUGUCGUGACAAGAACAUUUAACUUUUCUGAACAUAUGCAGGAGUGGAACUGUAUGCUUAUUUCAGGGCUCAUAAUUUUCCUUGACACC